UGUGAUGGUAAUAUUUUCAUCUCGAGAUGCGAUUACAGUGACAAACAGAAUGGGUAUUCAUUUUUGCUGACAUUUUUAGAGGGAAAGGACAAAAAUGACUGAAGUCUUGUUCAAAGUCAUCAUCAUUGGUGACCCAACAGUUGGAAAAACUUCAUUUGUACAGAAAUAUGUGAAUGAUUCAUACAGACGGGAUUACAAAAUGACUAUUGGAGUGGACUUCGCCUUGAAAGUUAUCAAGUGGUCAGAUAAAUGUAAUAUAAAACUUCAGCUGUGGGACAUUGCUGGUCAAGAAAGAUUCACCUCAAUGACCCGCGUCUAUUACAAGGAUGCUCAUGCUUGCCUUGUUAUGUUUGACUUGACACAGAAGAACACUUUCCAGAACUCUGUCAAGUGGAAGAAAGAUCUAGACCAAAAGUGCACAUUAGUGGAUGGUUCUCCUGUACCUUGCUUAUUGUUAGCAAACAAGUGUGAUGACAUGGAGCAUCGGGAAGUUUCUCAAGACGAAAUAGAAGAAUUAUGCCGAGAGCACGACUUUUUAGGAUGGAGUGAGACUAGUGUGAAAGAUGGGAUUAUGAUUGAAGAAUCUAUGGGCUUUCUCAUCGAAGAGAUGAUGGCCAAACAUGCGGAGUUGGAAGGGUUCUCUGAAUCCUUUCAAGCGAACGCCGCUAACCACGUGAAGCUGGGGAGAGACGAUGCUGUGGCCCAUAGCGGUUCUAAGUGUUCAUGCUGACGUUAAUUUGUCUUUAAACGUAUAUUUGUAUGAAUGAGACCUGGAAAGAAAGGGUUACACAUGUUGCUUUAUUUUAUGUUCUGGUGUAGUAUAGCCUACAUACUCUGGAUGUAAAGUGUUUGGGUGAUUGAGAGAGACAUAAUCUGUUCUUUGUCCAAAGUGCCUGAAAAGCUUUCCUUAAAUACUACGGUAUUCUUUUUGUGUGAAGAGGGUAUGUCAUAAUAAGAUUUUAAUGUAUUUCUUACUUCUGGUCAUAAUUUUGUCCUUGGAAUCCCCACAAAGCUUUAUCUCAUGUAUGUGGUAGACAACAUUACGCUUUACUGCUCAUGUGCUAAGGGGAAGGAGAGGGACAUGCCUAUAUGUAAUAUAUAGACUUUGGUGCCGAAAUGUAGAGCUUACUUUGUUAUAACCUUAUUCACGUUGUAAGUCAAUUGGUAUAUCACCUGCUAACUUUUAAAUGUUUCCAGAUAAUGUGCCAAACACUAAAAUUUAGCAACGCCAAACAUCAUUUCUCCUAUAUCUUUAAAAUCACUCCCUUUGUGCUCAAAUCAAGGAUUUGUUUUUUUUUGGAUUUGAAAGUUUCCCACUAAAUAAUUUGGCUUUCUAUAAGUAGAUGAUGAAAUCUUUUCCUUGCUUAAGUCUGCUAGAGGGGCUCAUGACGUAGAUAUAAUUGGCUGGCUGGAAGGAAAUCAGUUCAGCGUUUGUUUUCUAAAAUUUCUUUGCAAAUAAGAUACAAGACCUUCCGUCUUUUCACAUUUGGACUAAAUAACAUCGGGCUGUUUCUCUGUAGAUGAGCGUUGUUAUCGGUAUGGUAAAGUUCUGCUUAAAGUUGUACAGGUAUCUUCUUUGAUAGAAGGGUGUUGCCAACUGUAUAUAUUUUCAACAGAGUAAGGAACUGUGAGAAUUCUGUCUCUUAAAUGUCCAUUUGAUUCUUUAACUUUGGAACAUAGCUCAUGUUAUUAGUUUCAUCUCUUGAGGAAUCUCCCACCAGCUUCUGUCUCUUCAUCUUGGUAUGUGUUGCAUACAUAUUUUCAUUUAUGUAGGGGAAACUACAGGAUAGAAUUCCUAAUUUGAUCUACUCCAGCUGAUAUACAUAUUUGAUGUCAUUGUUCAAAUUCCACUAGAAAUGAAAACCCAGUUUUGGCAAGUCUUUUUUUAUCUGGUCUUUUAGCACCUCCUUUCUACUUCUAUUUCGGGUGACUGGAGGUGUUGAAUAGAGUAAAUGUACCGUAUUGUUUCUACUAUUAAUUGUAUCUGUGAAAAUAAAUUCUUUCGAUCACUAAAAAGAGUGUGUGCCAUGUGCCAUGAACAACACAAAAAUUUUAAUUAUUAAUGUUAGAUUUUGGAGACUGGAGAUGAGAGUCUAUCGGUUGGGCAUUUUUUUGUCUGUGCUGAUCCAGUGGUUGAAGUGAAAGCGUUGAAAACUUUUGAGUUGCAUAGUUGACUUGAAUUUUUGGGUAGUGGACAUGAAUGAUAUUGCAGAAAUAGUUUCUUGCAAACAACACGUCAAGUUGAUGAAAGGGGUUUUUUUUUGUUCUACUGGUUUCUUCAUACACCGUACAUUACUUAAUUUAUGUGAAGAUGUAGUCAUCCUCAUUCCUGUGAAGAAACAUGUUGCAAUUUUUUUCUUUCUCUAAAUUAUUCUAUGCCACAAUGCUUUUUGUUUUCUGAUUUCGUUUUGCUUUUUUACUGCUGCAUAAGUGAUAUCUGACUUCUAAACAUUGUGAUAGAUUGAAGGCUGUAGUCUGUUGUUAGACUGGAUUUGUUUGUGUACACGUGUUGCCUGUUUGCAUGGUUUUUGUUAUUGCUCUGCUAUAUAAUGAAAUGCAGUUUGUGAAGAAUUGCAAACUGAAGUACUAGAAAUUGAAUAUGAAAAAAUGAUAAGAUGUUCAGUGUAUGGCGCCUUUUGCGUAAAGAAAAUUCAGUGUGAUAACUUUGUAUUUCUGUUAAAUGGGAUUAGGAAUGAGUUUUAAAGUACAUGUGCAAUCUGUAAAUGUGUGAAACCAUUGUAAUUGCAGUGAUAUAUGAGAACAAUUGAUAAAAGGUGAAAUAUUAGUCUGUCCCCAUCGUUUUAUGCAAGAAAAUUCUGAAAUUAUGCAAACUGAGCCCAAAAAUGUGAAAGUAUACGAUUCUGUUAAAUUUAACAAAGAAUGAUAAA